CCGGAACCGGCCUCGGAACAGCGGCGGAACCUGAGGUCGCUUGCCCUCCCGCCCCAUGGAGCGGCCCCCAGGGCUGCGGCCGGGUGCGGGCGGGCCCUGGGAGAUGCGCGAGCGGCUGGGCACCGGCGGCUUCGGGAAUGUCUGCCUGUACCAGCAUCGGGAACUUGAUGUCAAAAUAGCAAUUAAGUCAUGUCGUGUAGAACUAAGUACCAAAAACAGAGAACGGUGGUGCCAUGAAAUCCAGAUCAUGAAGAAGUUGAACCAUGCCAACGUUGUAAAGGCCUGUGAUGUACCUGAGGAGUUGAAUUUUUUAAUUAAUGAUGUUCCUCUUCUAGCAAUGGAAUACUGUUCUGGCGGAGAUCUCCGGAAGCUACUCAACAAACCAGAAAAUUGCUGUGGGCUUAAAGAAAGCCAGAUACUUUCUUUAUUGAGUGAUAUAGGGUCUGGGAUCCGAUAUUUGCAUGAAAACAAAAUCAUACAUCGUGAUCUAAAACCUGAAAACAUAGUUCUUCAGGAUGUUGGUGGAAAGAUUAUGCAUAAAAUAAUUGAUCUGGGAUAUGCCAAAGAUGUUGAUCAAGGAAGUCUGUGUACGUCUUUUGUGGGAACACUGCAAUAUCUGGCCCCAGAGCUCUUUGAGAACAAGCCUUAUACAGCUACUGUUGAUUAUUGGAGCUUUGGGACCAUGGUGUUUGAAUGUAUUGCUGGAUAUAGGCCCUUUUUGCAUCAUCUGCAGCCAUUUACCUGGCAUGAGAAGAUUAAGAAGAAGGAUCCAAAGUGUAUAUUUGCAUGUGAAGAGAUGACAGGAGAAGUUCGGUUUAGUAGCCAUUUACCUCAACCAAAUAGCCUUUGUAGUUUAAUAGUAGAGCCCAUGGAAAACUGGCUUCAGUUGAUGCUGAAUUGGGAUCCUCAGCAAAGAGGAGGACCUGUUGAUCUCACUUUGAAGCAGCCAAGAUGUUUUCUAUUAAUGGAUCACAUUCUGAAUUUGAAGAUAGUACACAUCCUAAAUAUGACUUCUGCAAAGAUAAUUUCUUUUCUGUUACCACCUGAUGAAAGUCUUCACUCACUGCAGUCUCGUAUUGAGCGCGAAACUGGAAUAAGUACUGGUUCUCAAGAGCUUCUUUCGGAGACGGGAAUUUCUCUGGAUCCUCGGAAACCAGCCUCUCAAUGCGUUCUAGAUGGAGUUAGAGGCUGUGAUAGCUAUAUGGUAUAUUUGUUUGAUAAAAGUAAGACUGUAUAUGAAGGACCAUUUGCUUCCAGAAGUUUAUCUGACUGUGUAAAUUACAUUGUACGGGACAGCAAAAUACAACUUCCAAUUAUACAGCUACGUAAAGUAUGGGCUGAAGCAGUGCAUUAUGUGUCUGGGCUAAAAGAAGACUACAGCAGGCUCUUUCAGGGACAAAGAGCAGCAAUGUUAAGUCUUCUUAGAUAUAAUGCAAACCUGACAAAAAUGAAGAACACUUUGAUCUCAGCAUCUCAGCAACUGAAAGCCAAAUUGGAGUUUUUCCACAAAAGCAUUCAACUUGACUUGGAAAGAUACAGUGAGCAGAUGACUUACGGGAUAUCCUCAGAAAAAAUGUUAAAAGCAUGGAAGGAAAUGGAAGAAAAGGCUAUCCACUAUGCUGAGGUGGGUGUCAUUGGUUACCUGGAGGAUCAGAUCAUGUCCCUGCAUACUGAAAUCAUGGAGCUACAGAAGAGCCCUUAUGGAAGACGUCAGGGAGACUUGAUGGAAUCUCUGGAACAGCGUGCCAUUGAUCUGUAUAAGCAGUUAAAGCACAGACCUUCAGAUCACUCCUACAGCGACAGCACAGAAAUGGUGAAGAUCAUUGUACAUACUGUUCAGAGUCAGGACCGGGUUCUCAAGGAGCUGUUUGGUCAUCUGAGCAAGUUAUUGGGCUGUAAGCAGAAGAUUAUUGAUCUACUGCCCAAGGUGGAAGUGGCCCUCAGUAACAUCAAAGAAGCUGACAAUACUGUCAUGUUUAUGCAGGGAAAGAGGCAGAAAGAAAUAUGGCAUCUCCUUAAAAUUGCCUGUACACAGAGUUCUGCCCGGUCCCUUGUAGGAUCCAGUCUAGAAGGUGCAAUAACCCCUCAGGCAUCAGCAUGGCUUCCCCCAACUUCAGCAGAACGUGAACAUCCCCUGUCAUGCGUGGUAACUCCUCAAGAUGGGGAGACUGUAGCACAAAUGAUAGAAGAAAAUUUGAACUGUCUUGGCCAUUUAAGCACUAUUAUUCAUGAAGCAAAUGAGGAACAGGGCAGUAGUAUGAUGAAUCUUGAUUGGAGUUGGUUAACAGAAUGACUUGCUACUUAUUCACUGUCCCCAAACCUAUGGAAGUUGUCGCAGCACGUGUUGGAAAUUUGCUUUUCUCCCAUGAAAUCAUUCUUCAGACACCAGCAAAUUGAAGAAAUGACUAUGAUCAGAAAAUAUGCAUGAUUUUACAAGGACAGUAUUUUCACUUUGGGUAAUUUUAAUCUCUGAAGAGACAGAAUCUUAAACGUUAGUGGACUUGUUUAAAUACAAUAGCUAUUUAAGCACAGCAAUCCAUUUGUUUUCAAACUUGAUAAAACGUUUAACUGACUAAAAACAUCUUUUGUCAUUUAACUUUUGGGCAUAAGGCCAAAAGUGUGUGUGUGUGUGUGUGUGUGUGUGUGUGUGUGUGUGUGUAUGUGUAUACAUAUAUGACUAACAU